AUGACAAUCAGCAAACUCAUCAACGAGGACAACGUCCUUCGUUGCCUUCACCCCCAUCUCGCCAAAAGUGACCUUCAGGAACUCGCCCUCGUUAAUAAAGCCUGGAAUACCGCCUUCCAACCAUUUCUCUGGCGGAAUUUAUCCUUUUCUCAUGUCGCAGUCUAUUCGACCCUCCUUGACAACUCGGACGAAUACACCAAAGUCAUCCUCAAGAACGCUGCUCACAUCGAGCGCUUCUACUUUCGCGGCUGCCCCAAUCCUGCCACAUUCUUACCCUUCUUCUCACCCUGUCGCAACCUCCGAUCGUUUGAUUGCCGCCUCCAAUACGAGCUGCCCCAGGACGCCUUUGCCUGUCUAAACAUUGUCGAGCAGAACCAGGGGUUGGUCUCCUUCUUCAUCGACGGUAUCCCCAUCAAGCGACUCGGCGUUGCUCAAAAAUUCCUUCAGGUCCUGUCACAGCAUACCGGCCUCAGACGUCUCGAGUUCAAGUCAGCCGACAGCAAGAUCUCCGAGCACCUCUUCAAGGCCAUUCUCCAGAGCGUGCCUCGAACACUCCACACCCUCGACUUCAAAUGGUCAAUUGAGAUCCAGGGCGACAAUGACUUUGAAUUCCGCGAUGACCACGUCAUCCUUCCUGGAUGGACCAAUAACGGGAUCAAGACCUUGGAGCUGAACAGGACGCUCACAGGGUACGAACACACGGUCGUCAUUCCCUUUCUUCGCCACUGUGUUCGACUUGACAAUUUUCGACCACCUCCGCAAUUGCCUGUCGAGUGUGGGCCCGUCUUGACAGAGACCCUGCGAGAACACUGCCCGUCCCUCAGUCGCGUGCUCAUCAGCAACCAGGACCAUGACUCUGUCAUCGCCUCUGUUGUGAACGGGAGUCGAGCGCUGAACGAGUUUCGAAUUCGGUACUACGGCAGUGCGGGGUCGGAAUUAACCAUGGCAUUGGUCGCACAGGCAGCCCAUCUUCACACCAUCGAAUUUGAAGACGGGAUUUUUGUUCGUAGUGGGGAUAUCCAGAUGAUUCUCUCGCAUUGUCCUGGCCUGAAGACGUUUACGGUGGAGGACUGGCAGGAGGAUGGGCACGAGUCACUUCUUGAGAUCAAGGACAUGGUUUCCAGCCCCUGGGUCUGUUUGGGUCUGAGGGACCUCAUACUCCCGAUUGGGUCUGACUAUGGUGUUGAUGCUGAGAAACAGGAUGAAGAAUGGGGUCAGCGACGACAAGAUGUGAUCACCAAGGCGUACAGGCAAUUGGGGGUAUUGACGGAGCUCAGGACGCUGAGCUUUGGUGCACAGGUGCCUAAGGAGAAUAGCACUCAGUUCUCGUUGGAUGCGGAGGGCAAGAAGGACUUUGACUUGACGCUGGCCUCUGGACUAGAUCAUUUGAAAGAUUUGAAAAAGUUGUGGCAACUGGACGUUGCUGCGUUGCGACAUCGAAUGAGGGAGGCUGAGUUGCAUUGGAUUGAUGCGAAUUGGCCUAAUCUACGAGACUUUAGAGGGAUCUACAUGUACGAAGGUGACGAGCUUAGCGAGGACGAGGGGAUGGAGGAGGACAGUGACGAAGAAGAGGAGGAAGAAGAGGAAGAGGAGGACGACGAAGACAAGGUAGCAGAGGAAGAGGAGGAGGAAGUAGACACUGGCGAUCAAUUGGAGGAAGAUGAGCCGGAGCCAGAGCCAGAGGGCAAGAUGACAAGGCGCCAUAUAUCCGGGUUCCUUGGCAAACGCCCAUACGCUGAGCUGUAUUGA